GUUGCCCGGUGCCUGCGAAGGCCUGUCCUCGCCGUUAGACAGCGCUGGUUUCACUGCUUUUCUCUCCUCCCACCCCUUCGGCGCGGAGCUGGGCUUUCGCUCUUGCUCCCCUCGGGGCUGGCGGCAGCGCGUCCUCCUUCUCCUCCUCGUCCGUGUUCCCCACGGGCCCUAUGGCUUCGUCCGGCAGCGGCAUGGAGGAGGUGCGCGUCUCGGUGCUGACCCCGCUGAAGCUCGUUGGGCUAGUGUGCAUCUUCCUGGCGCUGUGCCUGGACCUGGGAGCCGUGCUGAGCCCCGCCUGGGUGACGGCGGAUCACCAAUACUACCUGUCCCUCUGGGAGUCCUGCCGCAAGCCCGGCAACUUGGACAGCUGGCUCUGCGAGUCGACGCUGCACAGCGACUGGCAGAUAGCUACUCUUGCUUUGCUGCUGGGUGGUGCUGCCAUUAUUCUCAUAGCUUUCCUGGUUGGGUUGAUCUCUAUCUGCGUGGGAUCUCGGAGGCGGUUCUACAGACCAGUUGCAGUCAUGCUCUUUGCUGCAGUUGUUCUUCAGGUGUGCAGCUUAGUCCUUUACCCAAUCAAGUUCAUCGAAACAGUCAGCUUGAAAAUAUACCAUGAGUUCAACUGGGGCUAUGGCCUGGCUUGGGGUGCAACUAUAUUUUCAUUUGGGGGUGCCAUUCUUUAUUGCCUGAACCCUAAGAACUAUGAAGACUAUUACUAGAAUCAUUUAAUGAAAGAAAAAUAACAAAAGGAUUACCCCAUAUUUUCUAACUCACAGUUUUUUUAGAACUCUUGUGGAGCACCAGUCUGCUCAGUUGAUACAGUAGCCUUUGCCUUUUGGGUGUGAACAUUGUAACCAGCUUUUACAACCAUUUAAAAGAACUGCAAACACUAGGAUUGCUGAUCUUAUAUAGGCAGAUGCUGCAAGCUGCUGAUAUAUAAGCUUCAUUUUUCUGACAACAAGCAAAAGGAUCUACGUUUCAGCUAUCAUUGUGGAAAAACUAGUUGGAAUGAGAAUGCAAUGCCAGCAUCUGCUAUUGCCUUCAGGAGAGCAGCUGAUAUAAGCUCCAUUUAGAAGUUUCCCUGUAUCAUAGAGGAGUCAGAUGUCUGAUAAGCAGGCAAUGGCGUCUUGUACAAUAGGCUGUGUUGGCCCCUUGUUACAUGCUCAACAAAGCUCUUAAGGAAUUAGUUGCAAGUGACUGUGGUGAGGGCAAUGAAUGUAACUGGUUAAUGACUUGUCUAAUAUCUGCAUUCAGCGGUCUUCUGGGAGAAGAAUAAAAAAAAAUCCCAAACCCAAAACAAACAAGCCACCAACCUCACAGGAUUUCAUGAAUUGGUAAUUGAGAUCACUAUGCCAGCUGUAGCAGAUUGUUGAAGGGAGUCCAAACCUGGAGACAUGUGUUUCUGACUGUGUAAUCAGAAGUCUCAGCUCUGAGUAUUUUGCUGGAAAGGUGGAGAAAGGGGGGAGUAGAAAAAAGACCUCAUCUGUCCCUGAGGUGUCUAAAGUGUAUGAAUGAGUUGUAGUUGUCCUAAGUACCUGUGUAACUUUCAAAUGCUGUCAUGAAAAGAAUGCACAUGGAACGAGUUCAAUUAUAUUUUUGAAAGAUACUCGUUAGUAUAAAUAUAUAUAAUACAAAUAUAAAUGCAGAGGGAAAGAGAUGAUUAGUCUUAAAGUUGUAGCAUGAGCUGUGAUGCAAUGGUUAAAAUACUAACUUUAUGCACAUUCUUGAAAGUCUUGGAUUGGUACCCUCAAUUUUGGUUGGUGUUACAAAAUAAACAUAAAAUGGUUUGUCUUAUGUA